UUGAAAUAAUUUGGAAUCCACUAGGGAAAUGUGCAAAUAUACCAGGUGCACUUUUAAUGACAACUACAAUGUUACACUAAGCAAUUCAAAUAUCUUUUUUUUGUUUUGUUCAGUGCAUUUCAUCUCCUCCCUCCUUCUUCUGGCGUCACAUCCUUUCGUCUUAUCUCAUUUGUUCACUCACACGCUGUCACCGCUCAGGUCUGGAGGUCUGUGCGAUUUCACUGCAGUUGUUGUGCCACUGGGAACAAAAGUAAAUCACAUCAUCUCAGCCUCUGUCAAGCCAAGCAACAGAUUUGAUUUAAGGUGAGCCGUUGGAAGUAUAUUUCCCCCUUUUCUUUUAAGGCAGCUGAAUAAAUGGACCCCAGUUCUGGAUCGGCCAAUGAGGAAACCUCAUCCCCAACAGCAAACGGGUCUUGUAAGAAUCUGGAGUGCUACAUGGUUCUUCUAGAGCCGGAGAAGAGAGCCAUCGGCUCCAUCUGCUUCCUGGCAGGUCCCAUCACCCUGAUGGAAAAUGUUCUUAUUCUGGGAGUCAUCGCCAGCUCGAUCAGUUUACGGCAGCGCCCUUCUUAUCUGUUUAUUGCCAGCAUCGCUCUGGCUGAUGUCUUUGCCAGUUGCUUUUUCACCAUCAGCUUCCUGGACUUUCAUCUCUUCCGCCGCAGCGAUGGCCCAACUGCCUACCUGUUUAAGCUGGGCGGAGUCACCGUGGCCUUCACCGCCUCAGUUGGUAGCUUGCUGCUUACCGCUCUGGACCGUUACAUCUGCAUACACCAGGCUUCCAGCUACAAAGUGGUGCUGACUCGCCGUAGAGCUCUGCUAAGUCUCCUGAUUCUCUGGAGCACCACCAUCUUCAUUUCCUUUCUGCCUCUGAUGGGGUGGCGGUGCCCCACAGGCCUCACCCCACCCUGCUCUCGCUUGUUCCCGUACAUCAACCGGGCUUAUUUGGCUUGUUGGACCAGCUUCAUACUGAUGCUUCUGGCCAUCAUUUUAGGCGCUUACACUCUCAUCCUGUGGAAGGCCCACCGCCAUGAAUCCUCCAUGGCCAGCCUCCAGGGGGUAGCGGGGAAAGGUCAGGCCCGCAUGAGGAUGGACAUCAGACUGGCUCGCACCUUUGGCCUGAUCCUGCUCAUCCUGGUGGUGUGCUGGCUCCCUGCGCUCUCCUUCAUGUUAGUCGAUGUCUCCAGGGAAUUGACCCAUUCUGGUCAGAGGGCUUUUGCUUUUUGUAGCACCUUCUGUUUACUCAACUCUACAGUCAACCCACUCCUCUAUGGACUGCGCUGCAAAGAGCUAAGGCUGGCACUGCUGCGUUCUCUGCAGAGACUUUGCGAGAUUGGAAGGUGUAGGAAGUCUCAAAGGACAGGAGUUACCGCAGCUGGAGACAACUGUUCGGAAUUCUCCGAAAAUAAGAUGACAAAUGCAGAAGCAACAGAGCUCGACUCCAUCUCCAAAAUAGUGGAAAGUCAGCAGGAUGGGAAAAAUUGAAGAUAUUGCUGACUUUUGAAAUGAAGAUUUGAGCAUAAAUUAUGUAACUAUGGACUUAAAAAAAACCUUAUGAAUGCACUGCUAAAACUACCGUCAUCAAAGUUAAAUGUUUAAAAAUUACAUGCUUUUUAUACCAUCUUUUCUGCACAAUGUAAAGAUUAAUGUCAAAAAGAUUCUACAAUGUAUUUAUUUACAUUACAUAAACAGUGUUUGCCAUCAACACAUGUAGUGUUCUUAGUGUCUUCCUGCUUAUUUGAUAGAGAAAAUGUGUUUGCAUGAGUCAUUUUUUUAGCUUGAGUAAAUUAAAAAUAAUAGAAAAUGAUGGAAAUAUAGAAAUAAGCUACUUUUUACUUACACUUGAAAUAUUUUAGGUGUAGACAUCAAUUAUGAGAAUAAAGUAAUUGUUAUCAUGUCAUAUACAUUUGAUAUGUAAAUAAAAAUUUGCAUGACUGCUAAACAUU